AUGCUUUAUUUGCUUUUCCUGACUUUCAACCUUGGGCUUGCACAACAUCCAAAAAUAACCUUAGAUGGCCCAUCCGCAACCGUUUAUUUCCUUGGAGACUAUGACUACUCAGUAGUCAACAGUCAAAAUUUUACAAUUGAAGACAGCUCUAAUAACAAUUUACUCACAAUUACUCAAUCAGAUUCUUGCAAUAUCACUGCAAACCGCCGCAUUGUGGUUCAUGGAGAUUUAUUGGCAUCUAAUGCCCCUAUCAAAAUCCAAAAUUACGACCAAUGGCAGCUUGUAGCUCUUGAAGAUUUCCAAGGCCAACUAUCAGGAUGGUCUGAUUCCUCAGUCAGCAAUUGUGGAUCAAGCCCAAAUAUCUUCCUUGGUGGCCAUUGCAAGUAUUCUGACGUUUCUGUAUCCAAGACCUUUACAAUUCCUUCCCACAGUUAUAUCAAGGUCUCAUUUAACGUGAACUUUUUAGACAGAUGGGAAGGCGAAAGUGUAUAUAUGAAAUUAGACAGCAAUAUCGUCUGAAAUGAAAGCUACCAAGCUUGCAAUAACUUACAUAGCACAUUAUGCCAAUAUAAAGGAAUAGACUCAUGUGGAGACGACUAUCCUGACAGGAUUGGGCAUCCUGUUACUUAUUCAGGAGUUCACAGUGCCGACUCAGUAACCCUAGAAUUUUCGUCAACUUUGGAUAGAGACUCAUGCGAAGUCAGCUGGGGAAUUGAUGAUUUAGAAAUUUAUAUAUGCCUUAUUCAAUUAAUGUCCUUAUUUUUAAAUCAAUAAUAGCCGUAUUGAUAUUCAAACAAAAUAGUUUAAGAUAA